AUCAGUCAGAGUCUGUGUCGCGCUGAGGACAAAAAAACCUUCGACAAUUUCUCUUGAUUUUGAUUUUUAAUACAGAUUCAUCACAAUGUGUACUGGAAAGUGCGCGCGGUUGGUGGGGCUAAUACUUCUACCCUCGGCUUUUUUGUGUAUAGUGGCCAAUUUACUUUUAUUCUUCCCUAAUGGGGAAAAGCUGGAAUCGGGACAGAUUUCCCUGCAGGUCUGGCUUAUGGGAGGUGUUCUUGGUGGAGGACUAUUUAUGUUGUGUCCAAGCUGCUCAGCCAUCAGAGCCGGGGGCAAAGGUUGCUGUGGGGCUGGUUGCUGUGGAAACCGUUGCCGUAUGCUGAAUUCUGUUUUCUCGUCUGUAUUUGGCGUUAUUGGGUCGGUCUACUGUGGUUGUGUUGCCAUUGCAGCGCUGGCUGUUGGGCCAAAAUGCAAAGUGAUGAACGAGAAAUGGGAAUAUCCCUUUGAGGAUAAAUCAGAGAACAGCACUAGUUACCUGGUGGAUAAGACUAGAUGGUCCGAUUGUGUCUUUCCUGAGAAUGUGGUUCUCUGGCACAUUGUGCUGUUCUCCAUACUGUUGGGUCUGGCUCUGCUACAGAUGAUACUCUGUGUCAUUCAGGUCGUGAACGGAUGUGUGGGCUGCUUCUGUGGAGACUGCCGAAAAAGAAAAUCGGAUGAAGGAGGUCUGUGAGAUCUGCUGAGGAGGGAAAUAACAACAACAACAACAACAACAACAACAAUAAAUAAAACAAC